AUGGAACAGAUUGCUACUUCUUCGGAACAUACAGAAAAUUUUAUGUCUGAACAUAACACAAGACAGUUUGAAGAAGAUGGACAUCCGCCACUAGAAACACGUCAUUUAAACAUGAUUCACGAAGAACUAGAAAAACUGAACAUAUCAACCGAUGUGAUCAACAAAAUGGAAGUUCAGUUGGAUGCAGCAAGAGCAGAUUUCAGAGAAACUCAAGUUCAAUGGUCAGAAAAACUUAAAGAGCUGUCAAAACAGUAUUCUAGUCAAAUCGCAAAAGCUCGCCCGUUUUACGAGUUGAAAGUUGAAGAAAGAAAACUCAGAGAAGAAUCGCAAAAAGCAGCCGAAAGAUUUGAACGGGCAACAUCAAUUCUUGCCAUUGCGAAACAACAAGUUUCUUUGACUCAAGAGAGUCUUUCAAGACAAACAUCUGUUCUUCCGGAGUGCCUUGAAGUGCUUAAUCACCAUAUCCAGCGCGUUCGAGAGGUUGAGGAGGAGAGGACUGCUGCUGAGUCAUUGCAUGCAACAAAAGCACACACAAUGCUCCAUUUGGCAGAAAAAAUACGUUCGAUGGAAAAAGAUAACCGUUAUGCCAUCAAAAAAUCCCGGUUGUACUUUGAAAAGAGGCUGGAGUUCACAAAAAUAUUGGAAGCUCAGAAAACCACCAUUCUUUGCUUAGAAGCAGAAGUCCGCCAGAAGAAAAACGAUUACACAACUUCUUUAAGAAAUUUGGAAAGGAUCAGUGAAAGAAUACAUGAGGAAAGGUCAACUGGAUCUUUGGAGAGCGGAGUCUCAUCCGACCAGGAAGACAGACAAGAAGAUUGUAGGAACUGCACUAAUUUACCCGGUAACCCACCACCGUAUGCUCCAACUGCUCCACCUCCGUAUGAAGAUAAAUAUAUCAUUGAUAAGGACGACGACUCUAUAGUGCUUAACAUGAUGAAAGCUGAACAGGAAGAAGAGAGUGAGAAGAGGAAUUCAAAAUCACUAGGUUCCGGAGUUAUUUUGCUAGCACAACAGCUUAUUGGCAACGGAAUCUCCAAUGAGAAACAUGUGAUUUCUCCAACUAGACAUGUUGACGAAGCGGACAUCAGCUACCACACUCGACCGAUUGGACUCUCUGACGGAUCGGACAAUUCCGAAGUUUCGUCAUUAGCAUCGUUCAACAUUGGUGACGACGACACCGUUUCUAAAAUGCUCAUGAGUCACUCUGAGCUCAUUAAAGAUAUCGAGCUUGCCACCGAUCGUGUUGGACACAUUCUCAAACCGACCUUCAAAAGUGUAUCUAAUGUCCAUGAAGCGUGA